CAUCAAUCUGUCUAUGCGGGCAUCCAUCCUUCCAAGUUCCGAGACUCUUACAAAGGCAAGGUCGUCUUCAUCACCGGUGCCUCGCGCGGUAUCGGGAAAGCCACCGCAUACGCCUUUGCAGAAUGCGGCGCAUCUCUCUUCUUGGUCUCGAGAAACCAGGCAACCAUUGACAAGACCGUGAAGGAGGUCGAAACACGUUUUCCAGGUACCCAUGUCGGCACCGCACUAGCGGAUGUCGUGCGACAUGAGCAGGUUGGAGAGGCAUUCCGGAAAUGUAUAGAGCUGUUUGGAAAAGUGGACGUGGUAAUCAGUAACUCUGGUGCGAUGGAGGUAUUGGGUAUUAGUGAGUUCUAUCGAUCGAUAAGUAUGCUCAAGCAGGCACGAACUGACGUGUUGCUGCAGAGAUGGCGGACCAAGAUCCAGAUGUGUGGUGCAACAUUUGGGAAGUGA